AUAAAAAACAAGAAUAUACAAAAUAGUUUAAUAUGUUCUGAACAGAACAGAUCCAUUCCAACACUUUUGUUAAAACCAGUGGUAGAUAAAAAAGACAGAUACAUGAACUACUAUAAAUAGUGCCAUUGAAUCAAGGUUUCAUCUUUUUGCUGUAAUGCUUAUCUAGUCUUCACUUCUUUAUAUAAAUAAGUAUAAAUAUAUCUAUAAAUCUUAUUGAGUUAAAGGCAAUAAUGACUAAGCAAGCAAUCAUGGAUGUUCCAACAAAGUAUCCAGGAAAACUCACCUUUAGGGUGGUUAUCACUUGCAUCAUGGCAGCAAGUGGUGGAUUAAUCUUUGGUUAUGACCAUGGUGUAUCAGGUGGUGUUACUUCAAUGGAUUCCUUCUUGAAACGUUUCUUUCCAUCUGUUUAUGAAAAGGAAUCAAAUGUGAAACCUUCUUCAAACCAAUACUGCAAAUUCAACAGUCAGAUAUUGACACUGUUUACAUCUUCUCUUUAUCUAAGUGCUCUUGUUGCUGGUCUUGGUGCAUCCAACAUAACAAGAAUGCUUGGUAGGCGUGCAACUAUGAUUAUGGGUGGAUUGUUCUUUGUCUCAGGUGCAUUACUCAAUGGAUUAGCCAUGGACAUUUGGAUGCUUAUUGUUGGAAGGUUGUUGCUUGGUUUUGGCAUUGGAUGUGCCAAUCAGUCAGUUCCAAUCUAUGUCUCAGAAAUGGCACCUUAUAAAUACAGAGGAGCACUAAACAUGUGUUUCCAAUUGUCAAUUACUAUAGGCAUUUUUUCAGCCAAUCUUUUCAACUACUAUUUUUCCAAGAUACUUAAUGGUGAGGGAUGGCGAUUAAGCUUGGGGCUUGGUGCGGUACCUGCAUUGAUUUUUGUUGUAGGAUCAUUUUGUCUUCCUGAUUCGCCAAACUCACUUGUCACACGCGGUCGUCAUGAAGAUGCAAGAAAGGAGCUCGUGAAAAUUCGUGGCACAGAUGAUGUUGAUGCAGAGUUUAGAGAUAUUGUUGCUGCUAGUGAGGCCUCGGCUAAAGUGACACACCCUUGGAAAACCUUGUUGGAUAGAAAAUAUAGGCCACAGCUUGUUUUCGCAGUGUUGAUUCCUUUCUUUCAGCAAUUCACUGGCUUGAAUGUGAUCACAUUCUAUGCUCCUAUUUUGUUCAGAACAAUUGGCUUUGGAAGCCAAGCUUCUCUCAUGUCUUCCGCGAUCAUCGGAAGUUUUAAGCCCGUUUCCACCUUGAUUUCAAUCUUUGUUGUAGAUAAAUUUGGAAGACGCGCUCUUUUCCUCGAGGGUGGUGUGCAAAUGUUGAUUUGUCAGAUUAUCAUGGCAAUUGCUAUUGCUGUCACAUUUGGAACAAGUGGGAACCCAGGAACACUUCCUAAAUGGUAUGCAAUUGUUGUUGUAGGUGUGAUAUGCGUAUAUGUUUCGGGUUACGCUUGGUCUUGGGGUCCUCUGGGAUGGUUAAUACCGAGCGAAAUUUUUCCUCUUGAAAUUCGAUCUGCCGCUCAGAGUAUCACAGUUUCUGUGAAUAUGAUCAGCACUUUCUUCAUAGCUCAAUUCUUCACAUCAAUGCUUUGUCACUUCAAGUUUGGUUUAUUCAUUUUCUUUGGUUGCUUUGUGGUCAUAAUGACCAUAGUCAUCUACAAGUUUUUGCCAGAAACAAAGGAUAUCCCACUUGAGGAAAUGAAUAUGGUUUGGCAGAAACACCCUUUCUGGGGCAAAUUUUUGGAGUCAGAAAAUAGGAUACAAACUGGCAAGGCAUAAACUAAUUGUUAAAUGUUAGUUUAUGUGUGUUUUGACUUGUGAGUAGAAAAAUAUCCCACUUGGAAUUUUUAUACUACUGAAAAACCAAUUGGUACUUUAUAUCAUCCAUUUGACAAGAUAUAUAGGAAAUAUAAUCAUGUCACACUUACAGUUACUAUCAGUUAUUUAUUUGUUUGCUAUGUA